AUGUUGUUUUCUUCUUACAUCCAAGCUAUCGCGGCUGUUGCUGGCCUCAUUGGAUCCGCCAAUGGUGCUGCCAUCGGUGUUGAGAAGCGUGCUUCAGCAGGCUGCUCGAGGACCCACGACUGGGCUGGCACAACUCGGGAGUUUAGUUUUGAAAGCAGCGGUGGGACUCGAAGCUACUUGAUCCAUCUUCCUGCCAGCUACAAACCAGGCUCCCCUAAGCCUUUAAUUAUCGCCUAUCACGGCUCUGGUGACAAUAUGGCAAAUUUUGAGACUACAACCCGAUUCUCUGAUCCAUCUGUCAACCCUAACAUGAUUGUUGUUUACCCAGCUGGCAUCAAUGGAAACUGGCAAGGGCCAACCUAUGCGACCCCUGGCGUUAGUGACAAGAUUUUCACCACCGAUCUUGUCAACCGAAUCAAGGACAACUACUGCGUUGACGAGGCCCGCGUGUACGCUACCGGACACUCCAACGGCGGUGGCUUUGUUAAUACUCUUGCCUGCAGCCCCGACCACGGUGGCCAGUUUGCUGCCUUUGCUCCGGUCUCAGGCGCCUUUUACACCGAUGUCACCGGAAACGACAACUGCCACCCAGCUCGAUCCCCCUUGCCCAUGUUUGAGACUCAUGGAACUGCUGAUACAACCAUUCCAUACAACCCAACGGGUCCUGGACGUGGCGGACCUCUCCCGUCUAUUCCCGACUGGCUUUCACGAUGGGCUGGCCGCAACCAGUGCACCACUUCUGCAACUACUGACAUCGCCUCUGGUGUCCACGAUACUAGGUGGAAGUGUGCGGGCAUUGACAGUUUGCUACGACAUGUCAAGAUUGACGGAACGGGCCACGCCUGGCCAGGCAAGGGUUCAAAGAUUGACAUCUCGCCCCAGGUUAUCCAGUUCCUUUCCGUUAACUUUAAGCCGUAA